UGAACACGUGAUGCUUUAGUUAAUAGUGUUUCUUGUACCGCUUGGUAAUAAUAUUAACUUAUGGCUUUUGGUGAUCAGGUGAAGGCUGUGUUAGCCUUUCUCAUUGGUUGUGUUGUGUCGAUCUACCCGUUGUACUUAAUUGUCAAGACUGCCGUCAAGCACCCAUUUAAACUGCUCAGUAAGAAGAAGCGAGAUGAACCCCCCGAUGUCCUGUCCGAUCCUUCGUUGGGAGUACACGGUUACAUUCAUUUAGAGGAAGUGAAGAUUCACUAUGUGGCAAGUGGAGAUGAAGGGAAGCCACUCAUGCUGUUUGUUCACGGUUUCCCCGAGUUCUGGUAUUCCUGGCGACAUCAGAUUAAGGAGUUUCAAAAAGAUUACAGAGUUGUUGCAAUAGACCAAAGAGGUUAUGGUGACUCAGACCACCCAUCUGGAGUUGGAAACUACCGGAGAGAGAAACUCGCGGGUGACCUGAAGCAAAUGAUACCAGCUUUAGGUUACAGUUCGUGUAUUCUUGUGGGUCACGACUGGGGUGGUGUGAUUGCGUGGGUGUUUGCGUCCCUGCAUCCAGACAUGGUGACCAGGCUCAUAGUGAUGAACGCCCCACAUCCUCUUGGCUUCCAGAAAUAUAUCCGCUCUCAUAUUGGACAGCUGAAGAAGUCGUGGUACAUAUUUUUCUUCCAAGUGCCCAUAAUCAGUGAAUUCUUCUUUGAAAUGAAUGAUAUGAAGUAUCUUGAACUAUCUCUUGCAAAGAAGCCCCUGGGUUUGUGUGUUGGCAGUAUGAGUAACUCGGACAUAGAAGCGUAUAAAUACGCCUUCAGUAAAAGUGGAUUCAGUGGUCCCAUCAACUAUUACCGAGCGUCACUCCGUUACAAGCUCGUCAGAAUGAACAGGCUGCAGAUGCCCGUGUUAAUAAUCUGGGGCUGUCAGGAUCAGGCCCUGGACAGGGGCAUAGCCGACGCCUCAAGUCACUACUGUGACAAUGUGACAAUGAAGUUCCUCGAUGAAUCCAGUCACUACGUCCAGAUGGAUCAACCGGAUCUCGUCAACAAGUGCAUGAGGGAUUUCCUCAAGUCGGAAUGAAUCCAGUAAUGAAGUCGUCAUAUUUAUGUGAAUUCCAGUGUAUUCUGUAGUGGGAAUAAUUUAAGAUUAAUUUUGUUGCAGUAUGAAUUCCAGUUAUGAAAAGUGAAUUAUGGGUGAAAAGUUUGAUCCCUUAAACAUGUACAUGAGGCUUGAAGAAUUUCUUGCAGUUCAAAUAGUCCCAAUGUAAUGGAACCUGUGUUAAGCAGCCAUCAAUGGGAGUAUCAAAAAGUGGCCUUUUAAGACAAGUGGCUGCUUAAUACAGGUUGGUUUAUAUUAUUAGAUGAUUUGGGAGAAUAAAAUGUGGCCUCUUUAAGGUUGCUGCUUAAGACAGGUGACCACUAGAGCAGGUUUGAACUAAUUGAGUUGUUGCAGAAUGAAUUUCAACGUACUCUUAGCCAGAAUAAUUGAAUAAUUAAUUUAUUGUUUUCUGAAUUCUAAUCAGAAUUGUUUAGUCAAUCAUAGAUGUCGCAUGUGAUAAAAUAUUAUUGCCAAACGGGUGCGGAAAUAAAAAUAUAGUAAGUGCCAGCUUUGUUGUCUAUGACAUUUAGCAAUCGACUGUUGUUAAACAAAAGGGUGCUGAAGGCCUUGCACCUAAUUAGGUAUGAAGGACACGUUUCACCUGUUAGAAAUGUGAAUACCUGUCUACUGUAAAGGGUGCUGUGGGCCCGAAAGACAUGUUUCACCUGUUAGAAAUGUGAAUACCUGUCUACUUUAAAGUUUUAAAAGUUGUUACAACCAACAGUUGAUUGUCACAUAUAGCCAAUUACAGCGAAGAGGCAAUUGAUUUAUGGCCCUUACAUGAUACCAAAGUGCUUACUUACACACAUGAGGCGUAGUGGCCCCCUACGCCAUAUGCUUCUUGGGAAACACCUGAUCACACCGACAAUGCCCCACUCCCCUCUUUCGAGAAACACUCUGGGAACAGAAUCUGCAAGUAUUUCUACUAGUCAAUCAGCCAACAUGAACUUGCUACAGUACUAUAAUAAUCGUAAUACAAAUUUUAAACGAUCAUUCAGUAAAACUAAACAUGUUGAAAUCAGCUUUUUAUCUCUUUACUAAUUAAAAAUGGAUGAAACAAGUACUGUAAUAAAGUAUACCCAGGUAGAAAAAUAACCAAACAAAAAACAAAAGAAAGGAAAAGUUUGUUUUGUUUAAUGACACCACUAGAGCACAUUGAUUUAUUAAUCAUCGGCUUUUGGAUGUGAAACAUUUGGUUAUUUUGACAUAUAG